AUGUAUGUUGAAGAAGACUUGCUGAUAGUUGACGAGGUCGGCGUCUCUAGUCAACAAGCAGGGCGCGAACAAACUUCCGCCCAGCCCGUGUUUUCAGACCCUGAGAGGGUCUAUUGUAGAGUGGCGGAUCCCGGCCAGGAAAGACUCCGCCGAAGUGAAGGCUCGGGUGGAUAUUUGUAUGCGGACGCGGUUCGGGACCGCGUGGUUGCGGAAUUCGAAUGUCGCCUGUCGAAAAUCUACAGAAAUUUCGUAACAUGUUUUAGUGAUUGGUAUAAAAGAAAAUUGAACGGAACUGAGAUUGCCAAAACUGUUAUGGGGAGCUACUCGUCGCGUGUUAGUUAUUGUAAGGGCAGAAAAAGCAGCUAA